AUGGUUUGCCCGCACCCAAAUUUGAUUGCAUUUUUGACUCACGGUGGAAUAAAUAGCAUCACGGAAGCGCUGAAUAUUGGUAAGCCAGUGAUUAUCGUGCCAGUGUUUGGUGAUCAGAUGCGAAACGGUAUUUUGGCAGAACGAGCUGGUUUCGGAAAGAUGCUAACGAUACCUGAUAUUACCUCUGAAGGAAAACUGCGUAAAGCGUUCGCUGAAAUGCUGAAUAACAACAGCUACAUGCUGAAGGCGAAGCAACUGGCUAGGAUGAUAGCACGGCGCCCAAAUCCAUCACGUGAACAGCUCAUCAGGCAUGUCGAGUUCGCAGCCGAAUUUGGGCGUAUUCCGAAUUUCGAUCCGUACGGCCGGAAAAUGUCGUUCGUCUCCUAUUUCAUGCUUGACAUUAUUGUACCGUUCCUGUUACUUGUCGCAAUGAUUGUCCUUGGUGUACUGUACCUCCUGUACAGGGCGUCCAGAAAAUAUAUAUUUCGCAUGGAAAGGAAAAAGACAGAAAAGAAGGAACAAUAA